UGUCAAUGUUCACCCAAAGAAUCACAUAUUCCUUAUCUGCACGAGCUUGACUGCAUGCAAACCCAAGUGGUGUGAAUUAUAAUAUGUUACAUAAGAAGAACUCAAAUUUAUGCCUCGUUAUUAGUGCCUAUUUCUUUGUGCUCCUGCUCUCCGUUAGAGGUUAUGUUUUGGACGAAGGAUCUCCUAUCUUCAUACGGCACGAAAGUGUACCAAGCGUCAAAAGUCACUUCGGCUUUAGCCAUGAUCUUCACCAAGAUGAACAAGGAAAAAUUCGCGCCUUCGUUGGCGCUCCAAAAGAUCGACAUGGGUGGGGCUUGAAACCGGAUGAGAUUGGCGGGAGUUUUAGUGUAUGUGAUCUAAAUGUCAGCAAUCAAUCGGCCAAGUGCACGGUCAGGACGCCAUCGAUGCCCAAUGCAGAGGAGAAAGAUACCUUUUUAGAUCAAAUGCUGGGUAUUUCCGUGAUGACGACAGGAGAUAAGGUUUGGACAUGUGCCCCCCGAUUCCAGCGCUUCAAACAGAAGAUUUGGGAAAAUGGCUUGCAAGAGUACCAAAUGAUGCUUGGUCAUUGCUUCAUCUUCAGCGAAGAUGAUGGUUUCACCACCAACCGUCAUGUUGUUCCUCUGGACAAGAAACCCGUUUUCUUCGGGCGGGCAGUUUAUGGAGAAAAAGAAUAUGCUUAUGGAGCAACCUACAGUGAAACUGGCUUUUCACUUCACGCCUCUGAUGACGACAUGUUCAUGGGAGCUCCAGGAGCCUGGAAUUGGACCGGAACCAUGGUCGCAACUAACACUGUCGGAGAGAACCCCGUAAUGACGCAGCCAUGGUCGCCUUCAGAACCGAUUUUGAACGACUACACCGGGUUUGCUCUUUCAUCAGGUAAACUUCUUCGAAAUGCUCAAUCCGGAGUUCGUCCUCGGCAUAUGGUCUUAGGAGCCCCACGAGCUGGUCGAAAUCGGGCUGGGUCGGUUUUUGCCGUGGGAUUCGAUGGGUCGGCAACGCUGACCCAGAUCAGUAAGGCCAAAGGACGCCAAAUUGGGGAAUACUUUGGAAGUGCAUUGGCCACAGUGGAUGUUAACGGAGAUGGCUUGGAUGAGGUUUUGGUUGGAGCACCUUUCUUCGUCGAAGACUUAAAGAAUCAGCGCUAUGAACAGGGCCGAGUGGCCAUUCUGGAGGUAAUCAAUGACAAUAGUUUCAUUGAACGUGCCUCCCUCUCUGGUCCUAGGAAGUCAUCUGGUCGGUUUGGUAGUGCUGUGGCAUCGCUCGGAGACAUCGAUCUGGAUGGAUACGGAGACUUUGUGGUUGGAGCGCCAUAUGAAGAUAAUGGCCAUGGAGCCAUUCACAUUUACAUGGGGAAGAAAGAUAUUGCUAGCAUUCAAGAAGCCAGUCAAAUCAUUCGGGCUCAAACCUUGAAAGCAACAAGCAAAGGCUUUGGGAUCAGUUUCUCAAAAGUUCUCGACGUAGACAAAAAUGGUGUCCCAGACAUUGCCGUUGGUUGUCAUGAUUCCGGGGAAGUCGCUUUACUCCGUGCUAGUCCAUCAGCAAUUUUAGAGGUUGAAUCGCGAUCCUCGGAGAGCACCAUUACUCUGGAAAACACGUCAACAUUCCAAAUAACGGCCUUUGUGGCUUUAAAGACCAGGGUGAAAAAUUCAAAAGGCCAAGGGCAGGUCCAGGUGAAAAUCACGUUCCUGAAGGAUCCCAGAACCACAUUUGUUAAUGCAGGCUCUCAAAACAACAUUUCUGUCACCAAAGUUGUGCAUGAAAACCAAGGAGCUCAAGUGUCGCAACAGGUCCAAUUGAAAAGUCCUCAUUUCAAUGCAAUGGGACCUCUGAUUUUUGAAACGCUAGUGGAACAAAUGCCAAGGGUGGAAGGAAAAUUUUGUCCCGAGUGUCAAGUGUUAGAUCCAAGAAUUGCUUAUAAAUCUUCAGUCCAGGUUGAACUGUCUUUAAAUUGUGACCCUGGCAAAAAUUGUGGUGCGGACUUGUCUCUGGCGGCUGGCUUGAAAGACACUGAAAACCUACCGUUCGUUAUUGGCUCAUCCAAAUCCUUGACCAUUGCUAUCAUGGUCAGGAAUGAAGAUGGAGAAAACGCCAUUUCCCCCACAAUUGCGCUAUCCAUUCCUGAUAAAUUGAGCAUCAAACAAAUGCCCGGUUGUAAGGAAGAGAACCGGGAAAUCGUUUGCACUUUGACCAAUAUUGUUAAGGGCUCUGCUGUCAUCACUGAAAUCACUUUCGACGUGUCUGCCUUAACAGCGGGGGAGUCUAAAAUCUUGUUCAAAGAUAUUCGAGUGGAUAGUUAUUAUGAUGAUCUCAAUGACGCCAAUAACAAAAAAAGCCUGGAGAUUCCAUUAGAGAGCCAGGUGGAUUUGAAGGUGUUGCCGCUAACUAUUCCUUCUACUGCCCUCUAUAAUGAAAUGGACGAACUCGUGGCUUUCAAGCAAAGUUUUCAAGUCAGUAAUGAAGCCAUGAGUCCGGUGACGGAUGUGGUGCCCACGGUGAAUGUACCAAUCAAAUUGGAUGGUUGGACAAUCAUGGAAAACCUCACAGUAGUGAUGAGUCUCCCGAUCACAGGUGCGGAAGUGAACUGUAAAAGAGACCAAACUGAACAAGACGAAGAAGGGCUCAGCUCCGAGUUGUCCGUAUCUAUCGAUAAAAUGCACAUUACGUGCGAUUCGCCAAAAUUCACAUGCGUCACGUACAGAUGUCCAAGAGUUGACUUGUCAAAUCGAUCAACAGUGGCGACAAUAUCCCUUCAACUCAUUUUGGAUCUCACGGACAUCAAAGAGAAGGAUUUCCAGUUCUCGAGUGACGCCAAAGCAGCCCUUGAUUUCCCUCUUGAUUCCAUACAAAUCAAUCCGGGUCAAGCUCGAGCAACGACUGUGAUUAGGUUGGAAUCCAAUGCGAUCUUGACCGCCUCCCUUCCCACUUGGUUGUGGAUUGUGGUGGUUAUUUCGGCUCUCCUGGUCCUACUUCUUAUCAUUCUUUGCAUGACCAAGUUCGGAUUCUUCAGAAGAAAGAGAAUGGAAGAAAUGAGAAAUGAGAAAGAAGCCAGGGAGAAUACUGCCAAGGAGAUGGAAAAUGCCAUUUGGCAAUCUCCAGGAUUACAGAUCCAAACUCGCAAUUCUAUAGAAUUUCCCGAGAACGAAGACGUCAUUGAACAAAGGAUGAAACUAUUGGGUGAAUCGCAGAUGAAGUAGUUUUCCUGUUUUCUUCACAUUAUUUGUGCUUCUAUUACUGCCAAAAAAAUAACAGCUGAAUAUGAGAAUGAAAUUUACAGUUUUGA